AUGGAGUUUGAAACACAACCAAUGAAAUUACCGCAAGUGAAGCGAUUCGACGAAAAACAUCGAUUAAUAAAGUUGGGUAAAGAAGAAAUUGAGCAAUCUUUAAAUACUACUUUUAAACCAAUAGUCACUCCAAUUCAAAAAUUAGCUGAUGAAUUUGAAAUCAUUAAACAUAUUCGUCCACAAAAAAUAAAAGUUAAAAAUGAACAAGAUUUUAAACAAGAGAAUAUUAUUGAUCCUAGUUUUAAAAAUUCUUAUGCAAGUUCGGAAAUAAAAAAUGAACAAGAUGAUGAAAUGUCAUUUAAAACUGCAUCUUUUGAUGACAGUAUUGCACAAGAUGAUUUAACAACUCUAAAUUCAUCAACAAAUAAAAAGAAAAAGGAUCUGGACAAUACAUAUGGGGUUCGAAAAUUAGCCAAAGGAAGGUUAAUGAUUGGUGAUUCACCAAUAAAUUUUGAAGAAAAUAAUAUCAUUAUAAACAAUUCAGUUUAUCAUGCAACAAAGGGUUUACUAGAACUUUUAUUUAAAAAAACACCCCAAGAAAAUUUCAUAAGCUUUGACGAUCGUGAAAAUUAUGCAAAUAUUGUCAUUUCAACUAAUGCUCACAAAAAAAUUAUUGAAACUACAGCAAAUGCCAUCUAUGAUGUAAUAGAAGCAUUAAAAACCGAUAAUAAUGUUAGAAUUUCCACAUUGGAAGAUACAGCAACAAGAUUUUUCGAAAAUCUUAAAUCGCAUAUUGAAAGAAAUAUAGAGUUGUUGUCCAUGAAAGAGACCAUUUCUAUUUUGGACAGCAGACUACAAGCACUCGAAAAGAAUCAACCUUUGUGA